CUCAGUCAAGAAUGCUGGUACAGCGCUAGACUGAGACAUCCUCGGCUUUCAAACGCAAGUAAAAAGUAAAACCACUGCUGUGACUGAAUCUCGGCAGUGAAGGGCAUAAGGAGCGGUGGUGUAAAUCUGCUCCGGUGGGGGGAAUGGCAAAGAUUCCGUUGGGCUGCGAGCCGGUGGUGGGUUCACUAACGCCGUCGCAGAAGCGGGAGUAUAGAGCGACCAACAGACUACAGGAAGGCAAACGCCCUAUUUACGCCGUGGUUUUUAACUUCAUCGACUCCCGUUACUUCAACGCCUUCGCCACCACCGGUGGAAAUCGCGUGACGGUAUACCAGUGCGUAGAAGGUGGUGUUAUAGCUGUGCUGCAGUCCUACAUUGAUGAAGAUAAAGAUGAAUCCUUUUACACUGUCAGUUGGGCUUGCAAUAUUGAUGGAACUCCAUUCUUGGUGGCUGGAGGACUUAAUGGGAUUAUUCGUGUUAUUGAUACUGGCAGUGAGAAGAUAUACAAGGAUGAAUCUGUACGCCUGUGGAAUAUUCAUACAGGGAUAUGCAUCUUGAUAUUUGCUGGUGCUGGUGGGCAUCGCAAUGAAGUCCUUAGUGUGUGUGAACAGCAGCGGCAGCACAAGAUGCCUGUAAGUUAUAUGGAAGAGAAGAAGAAAACUAGAGAAGAAGUAAGAAGAAGAUGUGUUGGCACUUGGCACAUGAAGAAUCGAAGAAGAGAAGAGAGAACUGAAGGGUCAUGGGAGAACUGAAGAGUCAAAUUCCUUUUUUUAAUUAGGGUUUACCUUUUCUUUUUUAAUUUCAUGGGCCUGGGCGAGCUGCCUAGCUAGCAGCCCACUGCCCAGGCCCCUUCAGAUGGCGCGCGCCUGGGGCAAUGCCGAAAUGGCGCCCAGGCGCGCGCUACAGCGACGCCAUAUAGAAGGGCGUCGCCAUGGACGCCGUAUGGCGCGAGGGCUGCGCCUCGGCACAUGGCGCGCUAUUAACUACACUGACUCAAAUUACAGUAUGAAAAACCUUUUGAGGAGCUUAAGGCACUAACUUGACUAUGGGAAGUGACAAAUUAAAGGAGGAACAAGUAAACCCGGCCACCAUGUAUAUUUUUAAACUUGUCAUUGAUGCUUCUUUUCAAACAAUUCCCUACCUUUUAAGCCACAUUCAAGGUCAAAUAGACAUUAUUUAUGAUAGUUCCACACGCUAUUCCCCACUUAUAACAAACUAGUUAAUUGUUCCCCCGGAUAACAAGAAGCAAGCCACCCUGAAAUGGCAUUCUAGUUUUUCCUUAUCAGAUCAGGCAUCAAUCGAUGUAUGGGUAAGAGAAAAUUCACAAAUGACAAAUGAUUUAUGGAUCUUUGAAGAAGAACGAAAAAAUAAUACAAAAGAAGCAACCAAUUCCUUGAUUAACACCAAUCGAUAACAUGGUGUU